GUGAAAACUCUUCGAAGGAUGCCGCAUUUGCAGAACGUCGAGCGGGACUUGCCCCUGCACUGGGCCCUAAAUCCUAUCCGCAUCUCUCAAAACCUCUCCAUGAAUACAAUUUCUCUGUAUCGAAAGAUCUCGCGGAAUAUGUGGCGCUGCUGCACUCAACUUUGCAAUAGUCCCAAGUUUCAGCGAUAUGUGCGAUUCCUCGAGUCCAGUCUCUGCCAGUUCUAAAGAGCAAUGAUCUAACAAAUUACGCAGCCGCCUUGUCUUUAAAGCGAAUUUCUUCAGAUUUGCAAUCUUAGCACGUAGACGAUGCCAAAAUGUGUUAGUUGAAUUCA